AUGGACAACAGAAUUAUCAAAUUACGAGAACUGGUCUCUAGCGAUGCGAAUCAUGCUGCACAGUUUUACCUGGAGUGCGUUUGUCAUGCGGAUGAAACGGAACGGAUUCUCAAUAGAACCUCAUCACGGGACAAGAAGCACAGAAAACAUAAAGCAUUGCGUGAAGCAGUUUCAACAGGGAGUGUUCCAACAAUUCUAUCCAUCCCUAGUACAUCUGCUAUCGUUGAGGUGAUUCUUCCGCAGAGAUCCGCAUCCACUCAGCAAACGCGGUGGUGGGAGCAUUUCACCAUACAUCGCAAGGAUGAAGAAUAUGAGGAUGGACACAAUGAAGUGCGACAUUUGUGGAAAACACAGACUGACUUCUUCCUGUCCUGCUUGGGACUAAUUGUUGGUAUUGGCAAUAUGUUACGGUUUCCCGGAAAAAUCUGUGAAUAUGGAGGUGAGGAGUCGUUCUUGGGUUCAUGA